ACAACAAUGCAGAAGAAAAGUGAGACACAUUAGUGGAAGAAGUCACACUUCAGACAUGGAGGUGUCCUGUGACAGGCUUUUUUUCUGCAGCUGGGUGCACCGCAGGAUUCCUGUGGCCCUCAAAGAGGAACUGUACCACAUCCUGAGGAUGACAGGACCUCUGCUGAUGUCUCGAAUUCUCAAUUGUCUUCUUCCGUUUGUGGUGACAAUGUUCUGUGGGCGUCUGGGAAAUGACGUGAUGGCCGGCUAUGGAUUAGCGUCCGCUACCAUUAAUGUUACCACGGCAGCAACAGGCUAUGGUCUGGGACUGGCAUGUGAUACUCUAGUAUCUCAGACAUAUGGUGGUAAGAACCUGCUGCAGGUGGGAGUGAUCCUUCAGAAGAGCAUCCUCAUCCUCAUGUUGUUCUGUCUGCCGUGUUGGGGGCUCCUCAUCAACGCUCAGGCCGUCCUGUUGUGUCUGGGGCAGGACCCCGAGGUCGCCAGAAUUGCCCAGCUUUAUAUCACUGCUUUCCUCCCUGCAGUGCCUGCAAUGUUUCUGCAUCAACUUCAGGUGUCUUAUUUGCAGAAUCAGGGCAUAAUUUUGCCACAAAUGUACAGCGCUGCAGUGGCAAACCUUGCAAACGGGGUCACAAAUUACAUCUUCCUUUACUGGCUGGAUUGGGGAGUUGGUGGAUCUGCAGCAGCAAACACUCUGUCUCAGAUUUACAUCUGUGUGUUUCUCUUUGCCUACAUUUGGUGGAAGAAGCUCCACGUGACAACAUGGGCAGGCUGGUCUGUAGAAUCACUCCAGGAAUGGGGCUCCUAUAUGAAGCUGGCCAUCCCCAGUUCAUUAAUGAAGUGCUUUGAGUGGUGGGUUUAUGAGUUUGGAGGAUUUUUUGCAG